AUGCCGCAGGCAGCGUUGCUUCUGUUGCUGAUAGUAGCAUCCGUGAAGUGCGCCCCAGGUGGCGUAGUGCCGCGGGAGGCGUCGGCACUACAGGGUCGCAUAGUCAACGGCAUCCUAGCUGCACCUGGGGAGUUUCCUCAUCAGGUGUCGCUGCAGAGGAAACCAAGUAAAAGCCACAUGUGUGGCGCCUCUGUCUUGAACCAGCACUGGGCACUCACCGCAGCCCACUGCGUCCAAGUGGAAGACACGUUCGAGGUGCUAGCUGGCACCAACAGCCUCGGCGAAGGGGGCACCAGACACACGGUGACUGCCAUUGAAACUCAUGUGGCUUACGACCCUAAUGAUGUCUGGGUCAACGACAUCACCGUAGUCAGGGUAUCCCCCGCUUUUCCAAUUGAUGGCGUCAAAGUGGCGCCAAUACAGCUGCCAGAACAGGGAGAGGAGGUUCCAGACGGCGCCAAUGUCACCGUCAUCGGCUGGGGAAAUUUCUGGUACAACGGCCUGAGUCCAAUUGAGCUGCGCAAAGUGGACGUUCAAGUAACAAGCCAAGAGGAAUGUGAGGCGGUGUGGAAUGACUAUGGCCGCCCCAUCUACCCUACGCAGAUCUGCGCUGCUCGUUUUGACGAUAAAACCUACGGCCCGUGCCACGGUGAUUCAGGGGGUCCAUUGCUCUAUGAGGGAAAGAUUGUGGGGAUUGCGUCGUGGGGCUAUGCAUGUGGCGAGCCUCCCUACCCUUCGGUCUACACACGUGUCUCUAGCUACGUGGACUGGAUCAUUGAGAAGACUAAUGCAUCAGUGGUGUAUUGAUAGCACCGUUGGAUCUGUAUUUGCUAUAGUUUUUAAAUAUUGGUAAAAGUUAAUAUUGUGUUAUUACAGUAUGUUAUUUAUGUCAAUGUCUGUCUAAAAGUCACAAUAAAAUUUCAUCAUAAGUUUCUUA